UUCUUGAAGAUUGAACAAGCAAUCGAGGAGAAACAUAUACGCAGCAAGAUAUUGUGUGUUGACUCGGUUACUGAACAUUAAGGAAGUGAGUUGAAAUGGGGAGCUCGGAGCCGACUCGGAUAAUGGUGGCCGUGAGUGAGUCGACUAUCAAAGGUUAUCCGCACGCUUCGAUAAGUAGCAGAGGAGCUUUCGAUUGGACAAUUGAGAAGAUCGUGCGCUCUAAUACUUCUGGUUUCAAGCUCCUCAUUAUCCACGUUCAAGUACCUGACGAAGACGGCUUUGAUGAUACCAACAGAAUAUAUGCAUCUCCUGAGGAUUUCAGAAACAUGCGGCAUGGGGACAAAGUGAGAGGGAUUUGUCUGCUGGAGUAUUUUGUUAACAAAUGUCAUGAGAUCGGGAUUGCUUGCGAAGCAUGGAUCAAGAAAGGGGAUCCCAAAGAAGUUGUCUGCCGAGAAGUGCAACGAACACAUCCAGAUCUCUUGGUUGUGGGAAGCCGGGGACUUGGCCCUUUUCAGAGGGUUUUUGUUGGUACUGUGAGUGAAUUUUGCAUGAAGCAUGCUGAGUGCCCUGUUGUCACCAUUAAACGCAGGGCAGAUGAAACUCCUGAAGAUCCUGUUGAUGACUGAUUUCACCUGUGUUUCAAUUUGCUUCUCUCUAUUGGACUUAGAAUCAGUUUGAGAAAUAUAAGAUGUAUUAUUUGAGAGUCCCUUGGCCAAUUUGUUGAUAAUAUAUUCUGUGGAAGAAUAUGAUUUUUUAUAAUUUGUAGA